AUGAUGAAAAAUACCACAGAAGGCAGCUUCUCAGCUUUUUUCUUGGUUGGGAUUCCUGGCCUGGAGGCCUUCCACUGCUGGCUAAGCAUCCCUGUCUUCCUCCUGUAUACUCUGACUCUUCUGGGAAACACCCUCAUCAUCCUCACAGUCAAGCUAGAGCCCAGCCUCCACCAGCCCAUGUUCUACUUUCUCUGUAUGCUAGGCCUUAAUGAUGUGGCCAUUGCCUCAUCCACAGCGCCCAAGAUGCUCGGUAUCUUCUGGCUAGAUGCCCACCUUAUUGCAUUUGAUGACUGCCUGGUACAGAUGUACUUUAUCCACACUUUCUGCAUCCUCGAGUCAGCCCUGUUGGUCUCCAUGGCCUUUGAUCGAUAUGUAGCCAUAUGCCACCCACUACACUAUGCCACUAUUCUGACUACCCCUAUAGUCAUUAGGAUGGGAUUGGUUGGGGCUGCCCGGGCCAUUAUCAUGGUCCUUCCUUGUCCACUUCUCAUAUUGCGACUACCCUACUGCACCAAGUACAUCAUCAGGCAUGCCUAUUGUGAGCACAUGGCCAUAGUAAAAUUGGCAUGUGCCAACACCCUUAUUAACAGAGCAUAUGGCAUCUCUGUGGCACUCUCUGUCAUGGUACUAGACCUAGGACUUAUAACCAUGUCCUACAUCAAAAUCCUCCAAGCUGUCUUCAGGCUCUCCUCCAAGGAUGCCCGAUCCAAAGCCCUGGGCACAUGUGCUGCCCACGUUUCCACAAUUUUGGUCUCCUACAUACCUGCCCUGUUUAGCUUCCUUACUCAUCGCAUUGGCAGGAAAGUGCCCCCAUCCCUCCACAUCAUCUUUGCCAGCGUGUAUCUUCUUGUACCUCCUACAGUUAAUCCCUUAAUCUAUGGUGUGAAAACAAAACAGAUCCGUGACCGAGUAAUGGGACUUUUCUUCCCAAACCAGAAGACAGGGGAACACUAA